UGCGGCCUAAGACAGCAUGGCUGCUGUAUCUCAGGCUUUCAAGGGAUUCCUGCUACAGGCGCUGCGAAGUUCGCUGUAUACCGGUGUGAGUGGCUCCGGCUCCAGCUGCUGCCGGUGCCCUCUCGGAGCUAAGCGAUACCUACUCACAGAUAAUGUUAUGAAAUUAAAAGAAUUUCAGCAUAGGAAGGUGGCUAUUGCACGUAAUCUCCUUGGCACCAAAGAAACCUAUUUUAAAAACUUGGAAGAGAAAUUGACCCAGCACAAACUCAUCUUAAACGAGGAGUUGAAAACUUUGCUUCAUUUGUGUGACUCUCAGGAUGAUGUGCAGCUGGCCAAAAAUGUCAUUUACAGGUACCAUGCAGAGAACAGAAAUGUCAGUUUUGGGAAAUAUAAGUUUGGACCACUCUUCAUGAGGCUCUGUUAUGAGUUGGAUCUUGAGGAAUCUGCCCUGGAGCUCAUCAAAGAGCAGCAUUUACGAGGUUUCUUUUCAGACUCCACAUCAUUCAAUAUUUUGAUGGAUAUGUUAUUUAUCAAAGGCAAAUAUAAAAGUGCAUUGGAAGCAUUGAUAGAAAUGAAAAACCAAGAUGUGACAUUCAGCAAAGAUACCUAUGUCCUUGCUUUUGCAAUUUGCUACAAACUGAAUAGCCCUGAGUCUUUUAAAAUCUGUACUACACUAGGAGAAGAGGCCCUAAUCAAGGGAGAUGUUCUCUCCAGGAGAGCUUCAUGUUUCGCUGUGGCAUUAGCUCUGAAACAGAACCAAGUGGCAAAAGCUAUGUCCUUUUUUUCUCAAAUCAUGAGGCCAGAAAGCAUAACCUGCAUGAAUUUAAAUAUUAUUAUCCAUAUCCACUCAAAUAUGUUGGAAACCCUGAUAGAGAUACUAAAGGAUGCUGCAGAGGGAUAUUUAUCAAGCUUUGUGAAAAAGCAAGAGUUCUCAGAAGAAGUGCUAGCUGCAGUGAGGGAAAAAGUGAAGGAUAUCCCCGGCCUUCGGGCCAGGUUUGAGGAGAUCUAUGAAAAACUGCACGUAUCUGGCCGGGUCACCACUCUAACUUUGGAUGCUAUGCUGUGCCACACUCCAAGGGACAGAACAUCCCACUUGGUGCUGUUAAACAAGAGGACAGCCAGCCGUCGAACUUCCCAGCCACUCAGCCAGUCCCUGUUGGCUGAGUAACCCUAAGUUCAAACUGCCGAGGGGUCUGAGGUGGAGAGAGCCCUACUUCUAGUGAAUCAUUGACUUCUUAAGAAAUCAGGGAUCACACUUUCAGUGGACACUAUCCUGACACUUGGUCUCCUCCCUAAAUCUCCAAGUUUAUUAAGUGCUGGCAUGCCGACCCCAGAAGUUAAUAAGUGCGCCACUGUGAUCUUUGAGAUAAAAGCAAGCAAAAACUCAACUUCCUCAGAAACGAGACUUUGCCUUUGUAGAGUGCUGAGUAUCCUUGAAGGAAUGUGGACUGGUCUCCGAGCCCAGCCUCCAGUACCAGAGUGGAACCCUACAAGCACUAUCAGGAAUGAAUUUCACAUCUGGCUAUGAGUAUGGCCAACUCUGACUGAUUUUCAGGGGAGCAGGUCCUUGCAAAUUAUGACUUUGCUGAAUUCAGGAGGUCUGAAACUCUAUGCUACCAUGGUGGGAAAGGGCCCAGGAUUUUCUCACUGCUUCUACUGUCUUCUUCUAUUUAUAUCAGUGACUAUGCAAGGUACUUGAUUCCUCAUUUUUCCGUCUGCAAAACAAUACUGCCUGUGUGUAUCUGCUUAUCGAUUUAAACUUUUCAUUCAAGGUUCAGUCAGGUAAAUUUUUCUCAAAAAUAAAAGAAAUAAAAAGGUUCCUAAAAAACUUC